AUGUGUCGGCAAGGCGUUCCUGCGGCCAUUCUUACUGGUCAAGGCGUUCCUGCAGCCAUUCUUACUGGUCAAGGCGUUCCUGCGGCCAUUCUUACUGGUCAAGGUGUUCCUGCGGCCAUUCUUACUGGUCAAGGCGUUCCUGCGGCCAUUCUUGCUGGUCAAGGCGUUCCUGCGGCCAUUCUUACUGGUCAAGGCGUUCCUGUGGCCAUUCUUACUGGUCAAGGCGUUCCUGCGGCCAUUCUUACUGGUCAAGGUGUUCCUGCAGCCAUUCUUACUGGUCAAGGCGUUUCUGCAGCCAUUCUUACUGGUCAAGGCGUUCCUGCAGCCAUUCUUACUGGUCAAGGCGUCCCUGCGGCCAUUCUUACUGGUCAAGGCGUCCCUGCGGCCAUUCUUACUGGUCAAGGCGUCCCUGCGGCCAUUCUUACUGGUCAAGGCGUCCCUGCGGCCAUUCUUACUGGUCAAGGCGUCCCUGCGGCCAUUCUUACUGGUCAAGGCGUCCCUGCGGCCAUUCUUACUGGUCAAGGCGUCCCUGCGGCCAUUCUUACUGGUCAAGGCGUCCCUGCGGCCAUUCUUACUGGUCAAGGCGUUCCUGCGGCCAUUCUUACUGGUCAAGGCGUUCCUGCGGCCAUUCUUGCUGGUCAAGGCGUUCCUGCGGCCAUUCUUACUGGUCAAGGCAUUCCUGCGGCCAUUCUUACUGGUCAAGGCGUUCCUGCGGCCAUUCUUGCUGGUCAAGGCGUUCCUGCGGCCAUUCUUGCUGGUCAAGGCGUUCCUGCGGCCAUUCUUACUGGUCAAGACGUUCCUGCGGCCAUUCUUGCUGGUCAAGGCGUUCCUGCGGCCAUUCUUACUGGUCAAGGCAUUCCUGCGGCCAUUCUUACUGGUCAAGGCGUUCCUGCGGCCAUUCUUGCUGGUCAAGGCGUUCCUGCGGCCAUUCUUGCUGGUCAAGGCGUUCCUGCGGCCAUUCUUGCUGGUCAAGGUGUUCCUGCGGCCAUUCUUACUGGUCAAGGCGUUCCUGCGGCCAUUCUUACUGGUCAAGGUGUUCCUGCGGCCAUUCUUACUGGUCAAGGUGUUCCUGCGGCCAUUCUUGCUGGUCAAGGCGUUCCUGCGGCCAUUCUUACUGGUCAAGGCGUUCCUGCGGCCAUUCUUGCUGGUCAAGGCGUUCCUGCGGCCAUUCUUACUGGUCAAGGCGUUCCUGCGGCCAUUCUUACUGGUCAAGGCGUUCCUGCGGCCAUUCUUGCUGGUCAAGGUGUUCCUGCGGCCAUUCUUACUGGUCAAGGCGUUCCUGCGGCCAUUCUUACUGGUCAAGGCGUUCCUGCGGCCAUUCUUGCUGGUCAAGGUGUUCCUGCGGCCAUUCUUACUGGUCACAGCAAGAAUGUCACAGUCUGUCUCUAUUCUUAG